AUGUCCUACAACGGCACAAACUACCCUCCGCCGAGUUACGAAACCUGUAAAGAUGGAAUCUCCGAACGAUGUCCUGCUGAGUUGUCACUUUAUGGUGACACUUUUACGCUAGGCGCUUGUGUUUUCUUCGUCGUGGCGCAUGCGCUGGCGCUUGUACCACAACUUUACUUCGGUAUCAAGGCACGAACUUGGUCGUAUACUCUAUGGCUUGCGAUCGGGACGAUAUUUGAACUCAUCGGUUAUAGUGGACGUAUCGUCAUGAGUUCAAACCCCUGGGUCUACAACGCCUUCGUCAUCCAGCUUGUCCUUCUCAUCCUCGGUCCGACACUAGUCGCCGCUGCUAUCUCGAUCACCUUCAAACAUCUUGUGCUAUGGUACGGUCGAGAGUACAGUUUCAUCAAGCCUGUCCUGUAUCCAUGGGUUUUCGUCGGCACCGAUUUCUUCUCUAUUGUCAUCCAAGCUGCUGGCGGCGGUGUUUCUUCAGCUGCCACUAAUGGAGACAACAAUGACCAGGGCAUGCUUGAUGUAGGAUCUGGUCUUCUUGUUGCUGGUGUUGUCUUCCAGAUGGCCAAUAUGAUCUUCUGUGGUGGUCUGAUGAUGAUCUAUAUCUGGAGGAGACACAAGGCUAUCAAGAAUGGUGCUGCUGUCAGGGCUGGCGACGAGACUGCUACCGAGAGUGAAUCAUCGACCAACGGAAACGUCAAGGUUAUCAGAGCAAGCGACAAGAAGACCAAGAUCUUUGUCUAUGCUCUGACCGUUGCUUACAUCGCCAUUAUCAUCCGUUGCAUCUACCGUAUUCCUGAAAUGCAGAUGGGCUGGGGCAGCACCCUCAUGCAAAACGAAACAACCUUCUUGAUUCUCGAUGGCGCCAUGAUUCUCAUUGCUGUCUGGACUUUGACCAUCUUCCAUCCCUACUUCUUCUUUCCUUUCCUCGGCAAAAAGCAUAACAAGGAGAUGGAUGCUGAGAAGUCUCGAGCUGAGGGCCCAGAUGCGCCUGUGAUGGAGGAGAACGCUCAGCGAUAA